AUGGAUUAGGUUGAUAUUGAUUCAAAUAAGUUUGAUUGUUAGAAAUAUGUUGGUGAAUUCUUAAAAAAUCAUAGUGUUUAAGAUUUAAUACAAAGACAUAAUUAAUUGUAAUAAGAGAUUAAAGAAUAUGAUUAAGAUAUAUAAUCAUUAGUUUUUGAAAAUUAUAGGUACUAGCUAAAAUUAGUUGUAGCAAAUUCAUAUCUUCAAUAGACACAGUUAAAAAAAUGAAAACUGAUAUUACUUAAAUUGAUAAAAAAGUUGAGACUUUAGCAUAAUCCAUGAGUAGAAUAGCUUAAUUAUCUAGAAGAAUAGAUUCUUAAUUAUCAAUUAAAAGAGAAGAGAUAAUCAAACUAGAUACAGUAAAUAAAGAUUUGAGUCGUCUUAAUUCAGUUUGCAAUUUUCCACAUGUGAUAUAAAAAGAAUUAGAUCAAUAUAAAAUUAGUAAAGGAAAGAAUUACGAUGAAUAUUUUAAUGAGACAGCUUAAUAUUAUAAAUAAUGUUAUUCAACUUUAGAUUAAUAUAAAAAUGAACCACUAAUUUAACCAAUUUAUAAAGAGACUAAUUAAAAAUUAGAUAACACAAGAUAAAUACUUUGGAGUUCUUUAAUUGAAUUCAAAUAAUAAAAUCCACUUUUAUAAUUGUAUUCUGAAUCAAAAGUGUCAAUUUCAACUUAAGAAGCUAGAUCAGCAGUUAAAAAGUUGAUACAAAUUAUGGAUGAUGAAGAAGCUGUAUUAAGACAUUAUUAAAAGAUAAUCAAAGAAAGAUAUUUAACUGUAGCAAAGGAAUUAAUAGAUAAAGCAGCAAUCACUAAAUCUUCAGAAGUUGUGAAUUUGAUGGAUUAUUUAGAAGAUAAAAGAUAUGAUUAUACAGUUGAAGAAUUAGAGGAAUAUAAAUAAAUGAAAGAAAAAGAAAUAGUUAAUUCUGAUUCAGCAAUUUAAGGAUCAAUUUUAUGGUUAAUUAAUUAAUUAUGUUAAAUAAUAUUUAAAGAAUUAAAAGUUGAAGUUUCUUUUUUGUUAAUAGAAAUUAGAGGAACUUUGAGAGAUAAAACAUUAGAAUAAUUAUCAACUCAAUGUAUUAAAGAAAUUAUUCAUGGAGUUUUUCAAGGUGUUACUGAUAAGAUGAGUUAAAAGAAAAUUAAUAAUGUAUAAGUUAAUGAAGUAUUUAUUAAAUUGUAAACUGAACUACAAUCAUUAUUCGAAAAUAAUUCAAUUAGACAGUAAUUAAGAACAGAAAUAAUAGAUAAAUUUACAGAAAAUGUUGAAAAUAUUUGUAGAGGAUAGGUUUUUACAUCAUUUAGUCAUUUAAGGGUUUAAUUUCUAGAGUUACUUGUAUUUGCAAAAAAUGAUUUAUAACGUUUGUAAUCUAAUGAUGAAAUCAAAAGAGAAAUUAUGACUCUUAUAACUGUAAUCAAAUAAAAAUUGAUUGCAUUUACAACUAUAAGAUUAUUAGAUCUUAAAGCUUUUGUAUUUUCUUAAUAAUAAAGUUAUCUAAGAGAAUAAGAGACUUAUUUAAAUUUGAUCUAAGCUUCUUUAAUUGAAUUUGUUAAAUUUAUAGGUAAAAUAUUUGCCUUUAGAUCUAUUUCCAUAUCUCAAGAUUAAUUAAACUAAUUGUUUAAUGAUAAUUAUAUUAUUUAACAAGUACUACCAUUAUUAAAUACUAACGAUUCUACAUAUUACUAUUUAUUUUCAAACUAAUUCUUAUAAUUGUACUCUAAGACUUUGAGUAAUAAAUUAUUUGAACUUGUAAGUUAAGUCUUUUAAGGAUACAAAAGUAUAUUAUAUAAUUUAAUUUCCAAGUUCGAUAGCCAACUGAUUAAGAAUUAAAUAAAUUAAAAAGUUACAUAAAUGGAUCCACAUAAAAGAAUUUAAUGUUAUUUGCAUAAGCAUAAAGUGAACAUUGGAUUAAUAUCAUGUUCUAAUAUUUAAAUGAAGAAAAUAUUGUUUAUUAACAAUAGAUUACAUAAAAAAUGUUAUUAAAUGAAGUCAAAAAUUUCAUUGAGGCAUUGGGUCUUUUAUUUCCUGAUACUAAAAGAGGACUAGUAAAAAAAGUAUCAAUUAUAUAAUAAAGCACUUUUAAUAUUUAAAUGGAGAUAGUUAUGGUUAGAAAGUGUAAAAUAUUAGAAACAAAUAUUAAUGAUAGAAAUAGUUUACUCAUAACUGUUGUAAAAUAUGUUUUGAAAGUAUUGUUACAAAAAGUAAGAAGAACCUAUUUUUCAGAAGACUUGUUUAAAUAAUUUUAAGUGGACUUAUAUUUUGUUAUGCAAUUAUUUUAUGAUAUGGUUUCUGUAGAUGAAGAAGGAUUAAUUGCAGGAUUUUAUAUGGAAAUCUUAGAUUGUGCAGUCAAAAAUAGUAAAAAUGAUUCUAAAAUUGAUCCAAAAAUAUUAGAAAACUUGUCAUUGUAGGUUAGAUUGUGA